UCAGUUGUUGCUGAAACGCCGGCGACGACAGAACAAACUUAAGUCUACUCUGUACAUAUAUAUAUAUAUUCAAUAACAUACACUUUAUAUACUCACACGAUAUAUAUAAAACAGCACACAUUAGUUGAAUUGAGCGCGCGACUCGACAACUUUCAUUACGCUCAAACCGCGUAACAAAAUAACUUUUAAAAAGUGAAAAAAAAAAACAUUGUUAUAAUAAUCAUUUUUUUUUUUUUUUUUUUUUUGUUGUAUUACUAUUAAAGAUAAUUGUUAAACUAUACUAUCUAGUUAGAGAGCGUGAGAUUAAAAAUAUAAAUCUUAACUUUGUUUAUUAAUUUUUAUUGACUUUUUACAUUAAUACCGACUGUAAUAACAAUAAUAAUAGUAAUAGUAAUAGCUUUAAAAAAUAUAAAAGAAAAGUUUUUAACGUUAGUUUAUUUCGAUCGUUAUUCAGUACAGUGUAUUACAUGUGUGUGGUUUAUAUUCAUUUUCCAAAUAAAUUCUAGUCAAUAUAAUAAAAGUAAAUAAACAAAUAUACUUUAAAAAAUAAAAAUAAUAAAAAUGGUAACUGCAUAUGAUGCAAUAUCUAUUGCAGCAGACUUGUGUCUACUUUUAAUAAAAGUUUUUUACUAUAUUAUCGAAAGUAUUUAUCGUUUAAUUGUACCAAUUGAAGAAAAAAGUGUUGCUGGUGAAAUAGUAUUGAUUACUGGAGCUGGGCAUGGAAUAGGACGAGAAUUAGCAUACAAAUAUGCAUCACUCGGUGCAAUUGUUGUCUGUUGGGAUCUCAAUGCCCAGAGUAAUCAAGAAACUGUCAAUGAAAUAAUGAAAUUAGGCGCUACAACUGCUUAUGCAUAUCAAUGUGACGUGUCUGAUAGAGAAGAAGUAGUCAAGGUUUCAAAUCGAGUUAAAUCUGAAGUUGGUCACCCGACAAUAUUAAUAAAUAAUGCUGGUAUUAUGCCUUGCCAGAAAUUUUUAGAUUACUCUCCUGAGACAAUUAAAAAAAUAAUGGAUAUUAAUGUUCUCGCUCAUUUUUGGAUACUACAAGAAUUUUUACCAAUUAUGAUUAAAAAUAAUUACGGUCACGUAGUUGCAUUAUGUUCAAUAGCAGGAAUGGUUGGCCUUAAAAAUCUUGUACCUUACUGCGCAUCCAAGUUCGCUGUCAGAGGUCUCAUGGAAUCAUUGAAUGACGAAUUAUCUUCGGGGGAAAAUAUUCAAAAAAAUAAUAUAAAAUUUACGACAAUCUAUCCGUACAUGGUAGAUACUGGUCUCUGUAAAAAACCGCACAUAAGAUUUCCGAGUUUAAUGUCGCUAGUACCACCCAAAGAUGCUGCGGCUAUUAUAUUAACAGCACAAAGACGUAAUUAUAGAGAUGCAACUAUUCCUAGAUAUUGGAACUCGGUAAAUUGCGUUUUAAGAGUAUUUCCAGAAAAAGCUGUUAUUGGAAUAAAAGAUUUUUUGAACAGUGGUGUUGAGGCUGAUAGUUGAACUAUUUUUAAAACAAACAAACAAAAAUUAUAAUAACAACAAAAUCUAUUAAUUUAAUUUAAAAAUGAAUAUUCACGAUUGAAAACCAUAAAAUUUUUUAAUAACCUUUUGUACAAACUUAUAACUCAUUUUUACAUAUGUCAGAAUUUUUAAAUUAUUAAUAUUAUUUUUUGACAUUUUAUAAUCUCUAUAAAUAAGAAUUCCAUUUUAUUCAAAUAGUCUAUUAAUAUGAAUAUCAAUUAAGAAAAAAUAAAAUCAAAAAUAUAUAAUAUACAUGUAAAAUUUUUAUUGAAUAAAAAAAUAAAUCUGUAUAAUUAUAUUAAAAAUGAA